GUGCGGGACCAGGUGACACCGAUUCUCCUCGAGUUGUGUGAUCAAGAAAGCCUUCGUGAUAUUGUAACAGAAGCUGCUGUCAAGUAUCUUAAAUACCUUUACCUAGAAGUGCCACCUGAGUCCCUGUGCACACACAAUUUAGGCAGACCUCAUCAACCCAGUGAAUGGACAGAAACAACAGUUAAAGCUUGUUUAUACCUAUAUCUUGCUUUACUUCCCCUUAAUCAGUCUCUGAUUCAUGACCUAGCCCAGGUGUAUGUGAAGACUGUGAAUGAGGCAAAGCGUUCUAUCCUGAGAUUACUAGAGGGCCCAAUCAGACAUAUGGGUAUGGACUCCCCCCAAUUGUUAACACUUGUAGAGACUUGUCCAAAAGGUGGUGAAACGCUCAUCACUAGAAUCAUCCACAUUCUCACAGAAAAAGCUCCUCCGAGUGAGGCCCUGGUGUGCAGAGUCCGUGAACUGUAUAAUCGGCGUGUUUCUGAUGUCCGGUUUCUUAUCCCUGUUUUGACGGGUCUUAGUAAAAAGGAGGUGAUUGCUGUCCUUCCCAAACUUAUUAAACUUAAUCCCCAUGUUGUGAAAGAGGUAUUUAACAGACUGUGGGGUGUGACAUUAGAUACAGGAGCUUCUCCAUUAACCCCUGUUGAUUUGUUGGUGUCCCUUCACCUCAUUGAAAGCAACAAGUGUGAUGUAAAGACUGUUAUCAAAGCAACUGGAUUGUGUUUUGCUGAACGUAGUAUCUACACAGCUGAGGUGCUGGCAUUUGUUCUGCAGCAACUGAUGGAACAACCAAGCUUACCCACAUUGUUUAUGCGAACUGUUAUUCAGACCCUCACACAUUACCCAAAGUUGUUGGGUUUCAUAAUGAACAUUUUGCAGCGACUCAUUUCACGACAGGUUUGGAAGCAGCGUAAAGUGUGGGAAGGUUUCAUCAAAUGCUGUCAGCGUGCUGGUACACAGAGUUUCACAGUACUGCUCCAGUUGCCUCCAGCUCAGCUUGCAGAUGUCUUCACAAGUGCCCCUGACCUCCAUACAAAACUAAUUUCACAUAUAGCAACUUUAACUGAAAAUCAGAGAGCUCAUUUACCAGCUAACUUGUUGGAAGUGAUUGAAGGUCAUAGUGCAUCUGAGCAGUCCUGUUCUAUACCAAGUGAGCCUUCAUCAGCACCACAAGAGGUUUGAGCAAAGGAAAACUGUAUGAGCUUGAGAUAAAAAGGAAAUAAUGUAUCAUUCAAUUGCCUCGAAGUGAAUUUUGCCCAGUCUCAUUCAAGAUCUUCAGUUUUUUACAAUAUUUAUAAAGAAUUACAACCUUCGUACGUGAAUCAGCACACAAAAUCAAACUUCUUUUGUAAUCUCAGCCCAAGUUUAAACUGAUGGUAAGUACAAAUACAUUCCUCAGAGAAACAGUAACAUGUUCAGUAGUGCAGCAUUACUGGAUUUCAACGACUUUAUUACCAGUAUCAUAAUAGUAUUUCUACCACAAAUCUAACAAAUAUCUAAAUUGCCUUCUGUUUUAUAUCAAUUCCACAAAUCAAGGAAUCUUGUCCGUGAAAAUUCCAGUACAGUACAGUAAGUCAUUUGAAAAUAAACCUGAUAAAUCCACAUUGUGCAGAGGUUGUUGCUCUUAUAUGAUGACUAUAUUUUUUCUUGUCACUAUUCCAACCAAAUGUUCAUAGGUUAUCUUCUUUUUUAAGAGGAACUUUUUGUAUUAAAUGUAAUCUCAUUUGGUAACACUGUACAGCAGAAUUUGUGAACAUUUAAUUGUAUUUACAUUGAAAAAUUAUGAUAAUUUGGAUAAAUA